AUGGCCUUAAAAAGGAUUCAAAAGGAGCUAACUGACUUGGGUCGUGAUCCUCCAGCACAGUGCUCAGCUGGCCCAGUUGGAGAUGAUAUGUUUCACUGGCAAGCCACAAUCAUGGGACCUACGGACAGUCCAUAUCAGGGAGGAGUUUUCUUCUUGACAAUUCAUUUUCCUACAGACUAUCCCUUCAAACCACCCAAGGUGGCUUUUACAACACGAAUUUACCACCCAAAUAUUAACAGUAACGGCAGUAUCUGUCUGGAUAUUCUCAGAUCACAGUGGUCUCCUGCACUUACUAUUUCUAAAGUUCUUCUGUCCAUUUGCUCACUGCUGACUGAUCCCAACCCAGAUGACCCCUUAGUGCCAGAGAUCGCACGAAUCUACAAAACUGAUAACUCAAGAUACAGCAAAACUGCGAAAGACUGGACACAAAAUAAACUUUCCCUGGACGGUAAAUGGAAGCUGCAGAACACGAAUGGGUCUGUGACUUUGGGAGCACAGGUCCCAGGAUGUGUGCACUCUGCUUUGCUGCAACAGGGACUCAUCCAGGAUCCUUAUUACAGAUUCAAUGAUGGGUUAUAUCAGUGGAUUGCGUUAGAAAACUGGACUUACAGCUCAACAUUUUCUCUCAUCUCACCAUUCAGGCUUAAAAAGAAGGUGUUACUUAUCUUCGAUGGCAUUGACACUAUCUCCACAAUUUCACUAAAUGGCAUUACAUUGGGAAAGACCGACAACAUGUUUCAGAGAUAUGACUUUUCUGUCAGAGGAAUUCUCAAAGACACAGAUAAUAUUCUUGAAGUGAGUUUGACUUCUCCGGUUCAUUACGCCCAAGAACAGAGGAAUCAGUCGUGCUACAGAGUCCCCCCUGAGUGUCCCCCGGAUGUGCAAAAAGGACAGUGCCAUGUCAAUUUUAUCAGAAAGGAACAGUGCUCCUUCAGCUGGGACUGGGGCCCAUCUUUCCCAACAGUGGGACUCUGGAAAGGGAUUCGUCUUGAGACGUUUGACCAGUUUCAAAUCCUCCAGGUUUCGGCCGUUCCUCUUCUCAAUUCCAGUGGCACUCAGUGGACGGUUGACGUGGAGUUGGUUGUGGAUGCCGUUUACACAAUGGACAAUAUGCUUGUGACUUCGGCCAUACCAGGACUGAUGUCUGUGGAGUCCCAUCUGGUCCAGUUUGUGAUGGGGAGGAGCAAAGUCAAACUAGUCUUACACAUAGACACGAAAAGUAAGGUGAAGCUGUGGUGGCCAAGAGGACAUGGUGAUCAGACAUAUUACUAUGUCUUGAUUAGAGGUUAUCUGAAAGAAGAGAUGAUCUUUGAUACGUCUGCAAUGGUUUAUUUCCGUACUGUUGAACUAGUCCAGGAGUCGAUCCCAGGCUCUCCAGGACUGAGUUUUUAUUUUCGCAUCAAUGAGAAACCGAUUUUCCUAAAAGGCUCCAACUGGAUUCCACCUCACGCCUUUCAAGACCAAGUCACAGAAGAAACGUUGAGGAACUUGCUACAGUCUGUGGCAGAUGCCAAUAUGAAUGCCCUCAGAGUCUGGGGUGGAGGAGUGUAUGAGCAGGACCUGUUCUACACUCUCUGUGAUCAAAAGGGAAUCAUGGUGUGGCAGGACUUCAUGUUCGCUUGUGCCUUAUAUCCAACUGAGAAGAACUUCAUACAGUCAGUGAGAGAAGAGGUCAUUCAACAGGUCCAGCGUCUGAGGCCUCACCCCUCCAUAAUAGUGUGGAGCGGCAAUAACGAAAACGAGGCAGCGCUGGCGACAGACUGGUUUGACAUCCCCGGGACCCAAAGACCCAAAUAUGUGAACGAUUAUGUCACGCUCUAUGUGAACAACAUACGAGACAUUGUUCUCAAGGAGGACCCCAGUCGCCCGUUCCUUGUGUCCAGCCCCACGAACGGAGUGGAGUCGGAGAAAGAGGGCUUCGUGGCUCUGAACCCAUACGACCCGCAUUACGGAGACACACACUUUUACAGCUACACUCACGACUGCACCGACUGGACCAGCUUCCCCAGGACCCGCUUUGCCUCAGAGUACGGCUUCCAGUCAUGGCCCUCGCUCUCCACACUGCGCCCGGUUUCUAUAGAAGACGACCACAAAUACGACAGUGCCUUCUCGUCCCAUCGGCAGCACCAUGACAACGGGAACCAGCAGAUGUUAGACCAGGCAGCGCUGCACUUCCACCUCCCCAACUCCACGGACACUUUCCAGAAAUACGUGCACACGCUCUACAUCACACAGGUGAUGCAGGCUCAGUGUGUGAAAGCGCAGACAGAGUUUUACAGCAGAAGUCGAAAUGAAAUCAUCGAAGGUAAAGGUCUAACCAUGGGCGCCCUCUACUGGCAGCUAAACGACAUCUGGCAGGCUCCUUCGUGGUCAUCAAUUGAGUUUGGGGGAAAGUGGAAAAUGCUUCAUUAUUUUGCACAACGUUUUUUUGCUCCAGUUUUACCAGUUGGAUUUGAGGAUGGGGACGACUUAUUCAUUUAUGCCAUUUCAGAUUUGAGUGAGGAUCUCAAUCUCGCUUCUGCUAUUUUUGUUUACACCUGGUCCAAAAUGGAUCCAGUCUGCUCGUUCUCCAACAAAGUGCCCGUGCUGAUCCCAGGGGGUAGCGCUGUGAGGGUCUACCAGGGGUCCACUAUGCAUCUGCUGGAGGGCUGUGGGUGCACGCGUCAGUCCUGCUUCAUCACGUUUCAUCUGGAGUACAGCAACGGACGAACGCGGGGUCCAACCAACUACCACUUCUUCUCACCGCUGAAGGACGCCCACGGACUCCUCCGACCCAACAUCACUGCUCAGGUGUGGAAGCACGAGGCCUUAUUCUAUGUCCGCCUGCAGUCUGAUGCCAUUGCUCCGUUCGUGUGGCUGGACGUGGCUGCCGUCCUGGGACGUUUCAGCUCAAACGGUUUCUUGAUGGUCACCAGCAACAUCACAGUCAGCUUUUCCCCCUGGAGAAGACCAGAGUCGAUCAUUUUAGAUAAUCCACUCACAGACCAGCAGUGUCCUUCAGCGGGGCAGAUGUUGGCACAGUUGGGGUUGUCUAACCUCAGUCAGCUGAAUGUGGAACAUCUGGAGAGGCUGUGUCCGGCCGUAUUGACCCAGGUGCUGCUGCCCUCCUGUCCCUACGCUGUCGCAGAGCCACUGCCUCCCGUCGACUACUCCGUGUGGGGAUAUGGGUUUCUGGCUGUAACUAUCAUAAACUUUGCGUCACUUCUUGGUUUGUUCCUGCUGCCGUUCACAAAGAAACCAUAUUUUCCAAAAGUCUUGACCUACUUCAUUGGUUUGGCCAUCGGGACACUGUUCUCCAAUGCUGUGCUGCAGCUCAUUCCAGAGGCCCUGGGUUUUGAUCCCAAAGCUGACAACUAUGUGUCAAAGGCAGUGGGCAUUUUUGGGGGAUUUUAUGCACUUUUCUUUGUGGAGAAAGUUUUGAAGAUGGCCCUCGGCGUUGACCAAGAGCACGGACACAGUCACUUCACUCCAGUGGACCAUCCUACUGAAAACGGGGGGAUUGCAGAAAAGAAGGACUCCAUCAUUUUAACCAGUAUCAAUUCCAUCGCCACAGACAUGUCACAGCCUAACAUGGUGCCUGCGCAGGAUGUGUCAGGCUCUGAGGUGCGUUGCCAUUGGUUACGAGGCCAAAGGAUCACCGACAUUAAGACUGUGGCGUGGAUGAUCACCCUGAGCGACGGGCUUCAUAACUUUAUUGACGGUUUGGCAAUCGGAGCCUCUUUCACCGUGUCCGUGCUCACCGGCUUCAGCACCUCCACCGCCAUCGUCUGUGAGGAAUUCCCACAUGAACUGGGAGACUUCGUGAUCCUGCUAAACGCUGGGAUGAGUGUCCCACAGGCCAUUUUCUUCAACCUGCUGUCAGCUUUGUCUUGUUACAUUGGCCUGGUGUUUGGGAUUCUUCUUGGGAGAAGUUUCGCCCCAAAUAUCAUCUUUGCCAUCGCUGGAGGGAUGUUUCUAUAUAUCGCUUUAGCUGAUAUGUUUCCGGAGAUGGACAAAAUCGCACAGGAGCAGACUAAACGCUCAAACUUCAAGGACAGAAACAUGGCGGAUGGUUUUCAAAUCAGAAAGUUCCAGGAGGAGGACGCAGAGGCAGUCCAAGAGGUCUUCACUGUGGGGAUGAGCGAGCAUGUUCCCUCUUCUUUCACACACAUUCUAAAGCAGCCGCUCACACAGAUGGUGCUGAUGUGCGUGUUUUGUGCUUUGAUGACCAGCUCCAAAUCCUUCCUUCUGCCCGUGCUUGCAGUUACGCUGCUCCUCGCUGCCAUCCGUCAGCUAGUUGUCCACAUGUUUAAUAAGUACAUUGAAACAUCACUUAAAAAAGACCUUCAUAACAUUUCAGAGAGCUACCUCAAACAGAAGGACUCAUGCUUUUGGGUGGCAGAGGUAGAUGGCCGCGUUGUGGCAACUGUCGCUUGUCUUCCAAACAAACUUGUGCCCGAGGCGUUGGAGUUGAAGCGUAUAACGGUGCGGCGCAGUCAUCGCAGGAUGGGGAUCGCUAAGGCCCUAUGUCGGACAGUGGCAGAGUUCACACGGGACAGAGGGUAUGCAGCUGUUGUUUUGUACACAUCCGUGGUGCAAAGAGAUGCUCAGCACCUCUACGAGGACCUGGGCUAUGAGAAGACUAAGGAGUUUUCUGCACCAGAGUUUAUAGCCAAAAUAACUAACUUUAAUUUAUUUGAGUACAAGCUGCAGUUGAAAAAAGGUUUGGGCUUCAAUAUCGUCGGGGGCGUGGACCAGCAGUAUGUGGUGAACGACAAUGGCAUUUAUGUCUCUAAAAUUAAAGAAGAUGGAGCCGCGGCUGAGGACGGAAGGCUUCAGGAAGGAGAUCAAAUUGUGGCGAUAAACGGCGUAAACCUGAAAAAUCGUAAGCAUAAAGAAGUUGUGGAUCUGUUCAGGACAGCAGGAGAUGAUGUAGAACUGAAAGUGCUAAAAAAGUCUUCUCGUCACAUGAACGGACCUUUUGGCUCACAACCGGACCAAGACUCCUCUAUUUCGUCUAUGGCACUUUUAGCUCUGUUUGUGGCGGGCGCUUCUAUUGCUGCUUUUAUUUACUUUCGAGGCAGAGGCACAACUGAUGGGAAGUGGAAAAGAUGA